AUGGAGGGGAACUACACUCACAAACCGCUGACCAAAGCUGGUAACAUCCGGAUUCUUUCUCUCCAGCCCGCACCUGCUCUGGAAGACCCCCUCAUUUGUACAUUGGAGGAGGUUGACCCCGAACAUGUUUCAUACACUGCUCUGUCGUACAGCUGGGCCAUGGAGGACGACCGACUUCGUCAGGAUGGGGCAGGACGAUUCCCUUCAGAAGAGGAUUAUGAGCUCACCCACGCUCCGGGAGACUCAUCUACUUCAAAGCCAAUUGUCCUGGAUGGAGUUCAAAUUCUCGUCGGGGAGAAUCUUCGCGACGCUCUGCGAAGGCUUCGAGAUGACUGCGMUAAGAUUGCUCGACUCUGGGUAGAUGCUGUCUGUAUCAACCAGAAGAACGACGCGGAAAAGAGCAGCCAGGUCGCCAUGAUGGCGUCCAUCUAUGGGCGUGCGAGCGAAGUAGUGUCAUGGCUCGGUGAAGGCGACGAGAAGGUCAACGCCGCUGUAGAAAUUCCGCUCCGAUGUUUGCUUGCUGAUCUGGCGCGAGGUUCCCCUCUAGGACGUAGACUCACCCUUCAACACAGCUGGGAUUGGUCUCACCGUGUUUAUCGCCCUACCCGAGAGGCCUGUUCCGUGUGCYGCUACGUUCACGUUGCUGAUAUAGUGUUUCCCCACAGCUCAGGAAAGAAAGCCGUCUAUGGAGCACAUCAGAGAUGGAAAGGUGCCCUCACUCGUCGCGAAGACGUCCCACUUCUUCCAGUCCUGCGUAGAGCAUGGUACGGCUGGCCUACUCCGGCUCUAGGUCCCUGCUACGUCACUCCUUCUUCUGCUUUGCUCCAGCUAUCCAGAAGACGUUACUUUUCUCGACUGUGGGUUGUGCAGGAGGCUGUUCUCCCACGACCCAACCGAGUCGUCUUCCAGUGGGGAGGCCGCAAGCUAGCUGGAAAUAUCUUGACCGUGAUGUACAGGCUGUCAAUUGAUUCGGACUCCGUACAAUAUAGCUUGGACGGAUUCACCGAUCCCCCGUUGGACCCCCAAAGUCAACUACCCACAAAUCUUCCGGGCUGGAUAGAUUACUGUUCGGCCAAGAAAUGCCACGACCCGCGCGAUCGCCUCUACGCCUUGUUAGGCUGCGUCGAGAGCCCGAUGAACAUCGAACCGGACCACAGUCGAGACUUGAAAGAUGUUUAUCUUGAGUUUGCGAAGCACCUCCUUGCACAAGACGGAUUUGAAGCACUAAUUGGGAAUUGCUGCGGCGUCCUGGCCUGGUAUCCACUUUGGUAUCCAUAUGUGAUUCCGACAUGGAUGCCAGACUUGAGAUCCAGGUUUCGUUACUUGACAUCUGUGCAAACGCGAGGAUCGAUGGAAUAUGCCAGACCGUCCAUCUCAGAAGAUGGCAAGGUCUUGUCUUGCCACAUGAUAUAUCUGGGAACUAUACGUCAUCUGCACUUUUCUCGAGCUCGGGACAUGCACGGACCUGACGCUGUAGUCGUCUGGCAGACACAAAGAGGACUUUUAGAUACCGCGGCGGACUUUCCAGAGGAUCGCGAGCCGCAGGGUAUUGCGGACGGUGCCAUCAUCGCGAUGCUCUCGCAGCGGCCAGAUCCUUUACUCAAAUUCCGUUUUAAGCCCAGUAAUGCGCUCCCCGGAGAUAUUCUAUGCGCGACGCGCUGCGAGAAGAAGAUGAUUCUACGGCGAGCAGAGACCGCCGGCCAGUGGGAGAUUGUCGGAUGUUGGUACAAUCUACGUUAUACGCACCGAAUACGUCCAAAAGAACGAAGACUGUAUCAUCUUGUUUGA